UUUUUUCUAUUCAAAUGUGUUAUUUAGAGUGGUGAUAAAAUAUGACGACAAAAUUAGUACUGUUCUGUGCUUGACUAGUGUAUUACCCUUGUUCGACAUGGCGGUCUUCAUGAUAAACAUCUGUAAAUUUAAUGGCUGUGGCAUAACAUUUCCAAGAUUAUCCGAUUUAAUUCAACAUAUUGAGGACGUUCACAUAGAUUAUGAUCCAGUAGUAGUAGAGAAAAAAGAGGCUUCUCAGCCAACAUGCGUACCUUUGAGCUAUAUUUUGAGAUUCUUUACGGAGGCUUCACGGCGGGAAAUUCAAAAUAUGCCUCCAGCUCCCGACGUCCGUCGACGCCUUAUAUCUGCUCCCAACACUCCUUCUGUUCGCAGCAGUACACCAACUGGCAGCGAAAUGGAUGAGGAUGAAAUAAUGAGUCCUUCUGAAGAUAGUAAUGACUCUUGGACCACUGUUGAAGAGUAUAGUUCAGAAUACAUUCUGAGAUAUGGUGUCAAAAUGAAUACAAAUGCCUCUUCGGGAGCCUUGGGAUCCGCAGCCCAAGAGAAACCGUUUGCAUGUCCGGUACCUGGCUGUAAGAAGCGGUACAAAAAUGUCAAUGGCAUUAAAUACCAUUCCAAAAAUGGACACAAAAAGGAUGGAAAGGUAAAAAAGGCUUACAAAUGCCAAUGCGGCAAAAGUUACAAAACGGCACAAGGUCUUAAGAGCCACUCUAUAUCCCAGCACAUUGCCAGCAGCCAGCCGGCCGCCUCGCCGCCGCGCCAGCCCGGGCUGGUGGUGACCGCGUCCCCCGCCGCGCGCCCCGUCGCCAUCAUCGACGGCGUCGACGGCAACAAACUAGUCCGCAUAUACGACAGCCUCAAAACCAAAGACCUACCCACGUUCACCAUACCGAAGCAUAACCUCACUAGUCUUAACAUAGUUAGCGCCAAUCAAACACGCCAUUCGGGCCUCUUGACUCCCAACUCCACGCCUGGGUCCAGCCCAAUCGAAAAGAUGAAGUUUACUCCUAAGGUAACAGUCCAAAACGCCCAGCCUCUCACGCCGCUUACGCCAUCUUACGGUAGAGAAUCUAAUUAGCUUGUAAGCGUCGCUGCAGAGGCCAUCGAAACGAAUUUAAACUCAUUAGUCUAGAACGUGCGGUUCCUAAAAUAAUAUCUUUUAUUUUAAAUGUAACGUCUGUUAUUAAUCUUUUAUAUUUUAUCUUAUAUGAAGGUGUUAUGCUAUCUAUUUCUUCAUUCAGUUCAUUGCACAAGUCAUUUCAACGUCCACCUUCACAUAACGAAGAACUGAUGUUUUAUUUUGUUCAUGAGAAAAGUUUAUUUGUUUGUUUCCUUUUUGUAUGGUAUUUUAUAUGAAUAGUUUUAUAAGCGAAUACUUGUUGAUUUUUAAUUGGUCUCUUCUAUUAAAAGUGCUGGAUUUCUUUUAAUUAAGAGAGAAAUAUGGUAAGUAUGAAGGGGUUUCCUACUUUAGCGUGUUUGAUAUGAUGCUACGAUAAUGCCAAAAAACGCAGCCAUAUGAUGUGGUAAUGCCAAAUAAUAACGAUUAGUCAUUAAUACUCGUAUUGCCAAACUGAUUCAUAUCAACACGCAUAGAGUUGAAACUGCACAGGUGACAUAGAAAAAGAUUAUUUUCUGUUGAAAUAUUUUUUCUCUUUUUCAACAUCUGCGUCGCGUACUUUUGUAAUUGUUGUAAGUAUAAUCACUUACAUAUUAUGAUGACCAUAUGACAUUUGAAGUAUUUGCAAAGGGAGUAAUGUAAUAAGUAUUUUUGAUGUAGUCAUUCAUCUCUUUGUGCCAUUGUCAUUAUUUAUUCACAUUAUGUGUGUACUUAAUUUUCAGGAGUAUAAAAUUUUCAUUUAAAUAUAAUUUAAUUCCGGGAUUAAAUAUUAGAUUUUUGUAAUUAAAUAAGAAAACGUCAAAAAUAUAGCAUUGGCUCUAGGUAUCAUUUGAGUUUAGCAUAAAUGACAUACUCGUAAAUGUGAUAUAAUAUUUAGAAAAAGUAAAAAAAAAAAAUGCUUAUAAGCGUAGACUUAUUUAAAACGAUUAGUUGUAAGGCGUAUGCAAUGAAAA